AUGCUCAGAGGAGCGUUGACGAAUGAGCACGGCCUGUGUCCUUGCCGAUUAACCGGGAGGGGGAAGGUUAAAGAUAUGUUGUCCCGGAUAAACGGAGAGGCCAUCAAAUGCGUUGUACUCAGUCAUCCAAAUCGACUGACUGUCGAGUUAUCGACGAUUUACCGGGUCUCAAGUUCCGCUUUGGGUUACACUUUCGUCGGAUUCUUCGUUAAUCCGGAAAGAAACAUCAACAAGCCGCAUGUGGCUGCGCGGCUCGAUCCUAAGCAGAACUCGCAAAAAUCAGUGCAGGAUGGACUAGACUUUCAAGCUAUUCGGGCAUUAUCGACCCUCCGAACCGACGUCCAUUUCAACCGAAAUGCCUUGACUGCUAGUGAAGCUCCAUCUUCAGCACUCAAUUAUUCGUCUGCCAGCUUCUUGCCCAUUCUUCGUCUGGUUUCGGACAGUGGGUGA